AUGAGUGGAUUCUGGCGUGAAAGUGACGUGUCAGACGAGUCGGACGACGAUACUCCCGUCACCGGGUAUCACCCGGAGAAAGAUUGCGUUUCGGGGCGAGCAACCGGCACGAUAGAACCUAAACCUCAGCUUAAGGCGAAACCACGUGGUGGAGACAAAAGGAGCAGAAAGACGAAGGCGGAGUGGUUGUCAGGGUCGUGGCCGCUGCGCCAGUUCGACGAAUCGUUGCCCACUAACAAGCGUAUAACCCGAGAUGAAGAUGCUUUUUUACAAGCGGCAUCUACGAGCGGCAUUGUUGAAGCCAACCGCCAGAUAAGUGUAGAAAACAGGGUGGAGGUUAUUGGUAGUGGAAGCUUAAUUUUACCCACGGAGGAACCUGAAACAAUUUCGAGCCAUGAGGACACAUCUAUUGACGGAUCUGAUGAUGAUGAUGAUGACAUCAGAGUGGAUUGCACUAGGUUGGCUAGAUAUGUAGAUAGCUAUAGCCGACAUGAGGCGUUGAGACGGUGGGCAAUCUUGGAACUCGUAUCACGUUCGUCUCUAGGAAAACUUCUGGCGAUCUUGAGGAAGGAUUAUAAAUUGCAACUUCCUAAAGAUGCACGGACACUUACCAAAUCAUCCUCACAAGUGUCGAUCGAUGGGCUUCCCCUUUUUAAAAGUUCAAACACACAACUGUGGCCAAUACUUAUAAAGGUGGAAGAAUUGGUAGAUGCUCCGGUAAUGCUUGUCGGUGUUUUUGGGGGACAAGCAAAGCCGGAGAACAUCGAACAAUAUCUUCGGCCGCUAGUGUUGGAGGUGAACGAUCUCCAGCAAAGAGGCUUGCAGUUCGGUGACAAGCAGGUGCAUUUUAAACUUCGCGCCAUUGUUGCCGAUUCUCCGGCGCGGGCGUAUCUAAAAGCUGUCACCAGUUAUACUGGUAAGCAUGGAUGCUUAAAGUGUUCCUGUGUUGGGGAAUACAUCAAACCGGAGAAUAAAGUCAUUUUUGACUCCGUGAACUCUGCACCGCGCACGGACGCGGGCUUUCGAGCUAAGGUAGACAAGGACCAUCAUAAGAGUUGGCGGACACCACUAGAAGAUAUAAAUAAUUUCCAUUUAAUAGAAGACGUCGUUUUUACUCCACGUUUCCUCAAACAGCACUGA